UUAUUUAAGUUGCAAAAUCAUUUAGUUCAAUAUGUUUAAGGUAAAGUUGUUUAAAUCUGUGAGGAGUCAUGGAUUUUUAAAAUUCGGGAGAUAUCAACAUUUAUAUGAUUUUGAAUAAAACACUAAAAAAUGCUCAAACUUGACAGUCAUUGUUUGUUCCAAAAGGGGGUGUGUCUGACAAAUAGAACUUCCGGAAGAUCAGACGAAUUUUUCUUAGCAGGUGCCCGUGGUGCUUGAUUGCAUAAGUGGAUACAACUUUGAAAAAACGAUGUUAUUUAACUGAGGCCUGGGUGUUGUGCAUAAUAUUAUAAAUGAAAGUUAUGACAAAAUUCGUACUAAGUCACAUUUGGUUGCCAAUCCUAAUUUAUUUUGAUUAUAAAUUUAUAUAUGCAUCGUCUGCAUUUGAGCAGAAUGUGGAUACCGAAAAAACUUUCAUAUAUGGACCAGGGCUUGAUAAAAAAAUAACAUUGCCUGUUAGAUAUUUUUAUAUCCAACCUGUGGACACCAAUAAUCAUAAUAUUACAAGGUCCAUUGGAGAUAAAGCAUUUGAUGUGACAAUAACUCAAGUGAAUGGAAACCGUGCUCGUGUGUGGGUACAGAUACUUGAUCUUCAGGAUGGCAGUUAUAUUGUACGCUACAGGCUGUAUGAGUCCUAUCCAGAUAUCAUCAUAAAUGUCAAGUACAACGAGCACAAUGUGGCCAGAUCACCUUAUAACCUCUCAGGAAUGGUAUACCAUGAGAAGUGUAACUGUCCAGUCAAUAGAAUUGAGAAAUGGUUUGAAGUGAUGGGUUGUCCAGAAAGCUACAACCAGAUAGAUGACGACCUGUCAAUAUUUGACAAUGUGGACCUAGAAAAAGUUGCAGAGGAAGCUGUAUCGAGGUUCAGUAACAGGGGAAUGCACAGCCUUAGUCACUACAGAAUAAUUAAUAAUCAGAUAUACAGGAAGACAUAUGGAGAACAUGUAGGAUUUAAGAUGUUCAGUGAUUCUGUCUUAUUAUCCUUGACAAGAAAGGUUGUGUUACCAGAUGUUGAAUUCUUUGUAAACCUAGGAGACUGGCCACUAGAGAAGAAAGACAAGAAAGAUAACCCACUCCCAAUAUUCUCAUGGUGCGGGUCAGAUCUCACCAGAGAUAUUGUUAUGCCCACUUACGAUAUCACAGAGGCCACUAUUGAAAUGAUGUCCAGAGUUUCCCUAGAUGUUUUCUCAGUGCAGGGUAAUACAGGACCACAGUGGGAGAACAAGACAGCUAAAGCAUUCUGGAGAGGUAGAGACAGUCGACAAGAAAGACUUGACCUAGUUGUGUUGUCAAGGAAACAACCUAAAAUCAUUGAUGCAGCAUUAACACAUAUGUUUUUCUUCCCUAAAGAUCCUGAAAAAUAUGGAGAACUUGUCAAAACUAUUUCUUUCUUUGACUUUUUUAAGUAUAAAUAUCAAAUUAAUAUGGAUGGUACAGUGGCAGCUUACAGAUUUCCAUACCUACUAGCAGGAGAUGCUGUUGUUUUUAAACAUGAAUCUGAAUAUUACGAACAUUUUUAUCAUGAUCUUCAACCAUAUGUCCAUUAUAUUCCAUACAAAAAAGAUCUAAGUGACUUAGUCAAACAGAUAGAGUGGGCAAAGAAUCAUGAAGAGGAGGUAUUAAAGAUUGUAAGCAAUGCAAGAUCCUUUGUGAGAGAAAACUUGUUACCAAAAGAUAUAUAUUGUUACCAUGCAAAAGUGUUCAAUAAGUUUUCCAAAUUAUUAAAAUAUAAACCCAAAUUACCCGAUUCUAGCUGGGAGUCAGUGGAACAGCCUACAGACAAUGAUGCAACAUGUGACUGUAAAAGGUCAACAAAGUCAAAGACAAAGGAGAAAAAAGAUGAGUUGUGACAACAUAGUGUGUUUCCAUGACUACAUAAACAUCUAAUGAGGGACCAAUCAGAAGAAAGAUAUGACCAAAAGGAGGCCAAUUGGCUUGUUAGACAGCUAACUUAGACGUGCUGAUGUUAUGAAUGGUUAAUGAUGUGCAAUAUCUAAAUAUUCAGGAGAUACCUUAGAUCCAUGACUGUCAUUAUUCAUAAGAGAAUGAUAUUUAAUUUUGAUUUUGGGCCAUUUCUCCAUGACUUCAUAAUUGACAAUUACUAUCAUGUUAUACAUUUUGAAUAUUUUAGGUCAUUAAUGAAGAUUUUUUCUUUUGUUACAUUUUAAAGUUCAUAGUAUGCUAAUGAUAUUUUGUUGCAACACCAAACCAGUUUUUUGUUGUUGUUUUUAUCAUUAAUUUUUCAUAUUGCAUUGAAACCUGUACAUUUGUUAGUUGAAAAAAUAAUCAAUUACCAUAACAAACCACAUUUUUCAAAAGUUUAGUGCUUGGUGCUUUUAUUGUGAUGCUCCGAAUCAGUAAAUUUAGUUAUUUUUAUCAAAGGUGUACAAACAUUUUCAGAAACUGCCUUUGAUUUUAAAAAAUUUGAAUUUAUUUUAUGAUUCGCCUUUCAUCUAGUCGCAUGUUUUUAGUGUGGGUUACCACAGAUAUAUUUAUUAUAUUACUCAAUGCAGGGGUUCAAAUUAGUGUGGGUCUGAAGUAGAAAACCUGUCUAUUCUAGGUGAGAACUUUUCAUUUUUGAAUUACACAAGUCAAGGACCUGCCAUUUUGUACACUGAUGCUUUAUAUAGGACCUUUUAUUUGAAAAUUCAAAUGGUCCUGGACCUUUUCACUAUUUAGAGCAAAUUUGAACCCCUGCAGAUUGGCACCACAAUAUAUUGUUAUUUAUAUGGGUAAAUCUUAGCUCUAGUUUUUGUUAGGUAUCUUAUUUAGUUUUCUACAAAAUACAAUAUUAUUGAUAUUAUUUGCACAUUUAUUGGUAGAGCACUUUCAUCUGCUUCAUUAUACACAUCUUUAACCUUUAUAGCUUUUUAUUAUUCACUCAGAUGAUUUUCAGAGGUAAAAUAGUGCAAUCAAAUCCCUAUAACUUUUAGAUGGUUGGCUAUAGUUCAGCUAAUCUACUCUUCAAAUGGGGCUAUUUUUCAAGUAUUUUACAUUUGUUUAGAAUAGUGCUUAUAUUUUCCCCAUUGAACUGUAUUUGCUAGGUAAAAUGUAUAAGUGGUGAAAAAAAACUUCCAUUAAAAUAUUCUGACAUAAAAUCUUCUUAUAAAGAACUUGCAAAAUAUUUCACCACGCAAAAUAGCUGUGUUUACAUUAAUUUUUAUAGGUGCUAGUUGCAUGUAUAUAAUCUAGUCAAAAUACAUGAAUGAAUAAUUAUAUUAUUUAUAUAGUUUAGAAUAUUUUAUAGUGUUAAUUUUGAGAAAAGGAAAGAAAAAUUGUUUAUAAGGAUAUUGGUAAUGUUUUAUACCAAAUAAAAAUAACUUUAAAUCAUACAUUGUAAGAUAACCAUGUAUUACAUCUUCUGUCAUUUGUCAUUCAUUCAUUAUGUAUUCUUUCAAUUUAUAUGCCCUGUAAAAAUGUAAGCCUUCAAUGUUUGAGCCUUACACUAUGCAAUGCAUAGAGUCUAAGAAGGGGAACAGACUUUAAAAUGUUAUUGUACAGUCAUUCAUUCAUCGGUUUUUGCUGUUUGUUCACGAAAUGACAUUGAUCCAUGAUUGUAAUAAUCCCUUGACAAGGAUGAUGGAACAUUGCGAAAAUAACAUCAAAAGAAUUUUUAAAGGCUUGUUCAGGCAGAAAAUUAUUAUUUUUAGUGCAUAUGUAAUUCUACAUAUUCAACAGUCCUGAACUAUCUUAAUACAUGUAUUGCCAGUGUAUUAUGAUGUUGAGUCCAUAAGGUCAAUACUUAUCUUCUCAUGUAAAUUUUACAUGAGCUAUUAUUUAAUUACAUUUUGUCAAAUUAAGUCAUUAUAAACUUGUUUAAAAAACUGAUUGUUGGUCAGAAAGUGUAUAUUAUUUUUUAGGAUGUUUUCCAUUAUCUUCUAAUAGCUAUUUUAAUUUGUUUGCUUUCAUAUGAAAUUUCCGUCCUUUACAUAUAAAUAUAGUCAGAAGUCCAUUCAAAGUAAUGGGUUUCUGUCAUUGUUUUUUUCAUCUUACAAAAUAUUUUUAUAUGAGAUUCCUACACAAAGAAGUGCAUUUCAAUUCUUUACUAGUCUUUUUUUUCUUGCUGAUUACCAUUGUAGACCUUGAUACAGAAAGACAAUUUUAUUUUUUGUUUUAUUUUUCAAGAUAGAUAUGUACUCUAAUUUUAAUAAAAAAAAUUAUAAUUAUA